AUGGCGCCUAAACAGAAGGGUCAGAAGAUGACCAUUAGUAACUUCUUGGCCGAUGAGAGCCUUGGCUCUUGGGCUGAUGAGAUGGAGGACAUGCCUCUCCCAUCCGGACCUUCCGCCUCCUCUGGCUUUGGUAGCCGCCCUGCCGGUGGCAUGGGUUACGGUAACAGCUUCGGCGGUGGUAGCACCUUCGAGCGUGAGACCCGUGGAGGAUAUGCCGUUCGCGAGCCGCUCGACCUUCCCACCGAGCCCCCUUACACUGCCCACGUUGGCAACCUCUCAUUCGAUGCGACUGCCGAUGAUAUCUCCGACCUCUUUGCGGAGUGCAGCGUCACCAACGUCCGCAUUGUUGAGGAUAAGAUGACCAAGGCCCCCAAGGGCUUCGGAUACGUUGAGUUCGCGACCGUUGAGGGCCUCCAGAAGGCUUUGGAUCUGUCUGGCACCUCCCUGCAGGGCCGCACCAUUCGCACCAGCGUUGCUGAGCCUGCCAAGGAAUCUCGCCCGGAAGGCCGUGACCUUGACUGGACCCGCCGUGGACCCCUUCCCGCCGCUCCUGAGCGCCGUAUUCCCGAGCGCUCCAGCUUUGGUCGCAACAUGGAUGCCGGAUCUGAUGCUGGCAGUGACCGUGGUGGCCGUCGCAACAAUUUCGAGUCGGAUGGUAAGUUCCGUGAUUUCGGUAACUGGGAGCGCAAGGGCCCCCUUUCGCCGCCCGCUGGCCCCCCGCCCCGUGAGGGUGGUCGCCCCCACAGCAAUGAAGGAGGACCUGGCUUCCGGAGAAGCUCCCCCGCAUGGGGCGAGAGUCGUUCGCAGGAGGAUGGCUCGCGCCCCCCUGCCCCCCGUGUCGAGCGGGCCCCCACUGCCGCUGAUAUGGACAACCAGUGGCGCUCCAAGAUGCGCCCUGAUCAGCCUCCCAAGGAGGGUAGCACCCCCACAUCCCCGACUGUUCCUGCCUCUCGUCCUAAGCUGAACCUGGCCAAGCGCACCGUCCCCGACGCUGCUGCUACCGCCGCCGCUGGCGCUGGUGACUCCAAGGCCAGCCCCUUCGGCGCUGCUCGCCCUAUUGAUACUGCCGCUCGUGAGCGAGAGGUGGAGGAGAAGCGCCAGCAGGCUCUGCGCCAGAAGAAGGAGGCCGAGGAGAAGGCCAAGGCUGAGAAGCCCAAGCAGGUUAAGGAGAGCAAGGAUAUCCGUGUUGCCGGUACCGAUUCCAACAAGGAUGAUGUCGACACCCCGAAGGGCGCUUCCAACUUCGAGAUCCUCCGGCGGGCCGGUGGGGAGGAGAGCGGCAUGAACGCUGAUGCCGAUGCCGAGGAGACCCCUGCUCCUGCCACCGAGGCCACCGAGGCCAAGGAGUCUACUGCCAACGGCAACUGGAGAACUGCUGAGCAGCCCACCGACGAAAACGAUGGCUGGAGCACCGUCAGCACCAACAAGCGCAGCAACCGUCGUGGUGGUGGCCGUGGAUUCUGA